AUGAGGUACGAGAGGCCAGAUGCAUUAGGGUUCGAAAACUCACCUGACAAGGAGAACUACAAUCCGCACAUCAAAGAGUUCACGCCCAGCAAGGCAAAGCAGAGAAAGAGAUACACUGCACUCAGGGAGAUCACGGAGAAGUCGAAGAGGCCCGUACAGGAAGCCAGCAGAGCGUCACAGGAGGACGAGACCGAAAUGGAUCUUUUGUUUUCCUCGUUUCCUAGGUCACCGUUCAAGUCGAAGAACAUUAGAGAGCUGUAG